AUGCUAGUGUCGUUGGUUUGGAUCCUUCCAGCGCAGAAAAAUGCAUGUGAGCGCUGCGAGGAGAGUUUCAAGCAGAGCCAGUCCCACGAGAGUCGUUCCACCGAGCUGCUGGAGAGGUCCACGCUUUGGCGGUUUGGACGACUUCUACCAGUUCUUGCAGGUUUAGAUGAGCUUCGUCGAGUUUCUGCACAACCACAAGCGCUCAGUUCUCCAGAGGCUUCCAGACUCAACAAGGGUGCAGGCUUCUGGGCCUGGUCUUCAAUCGUGGAAGCGGCCUUGCUUGGAGUGGUUUGCGCGACAUGGGCACGGCACCUCGGCUGUGUUGGAGGAAGUGCAGUGAUGGCCGGGAUUGUCGCUUCAUUGGUGGCUGCGCUGCCUGCAGCCGUUGUGUUGGCGGUGACUUUUUUCGGAUGGUACAGAGCAGAUGUGGCAGUGGCGAAUCUCACAGAGUCCCAUUCGUUGCAUCCACCGGAACAACUUGGCCGGUACGAUUUGAAGAUCCUGGAGAAGCUGUACGUGUGUGGCAUUGCUGACUACUACCGCUUGCCCCAAAGGCCUUCAGCACCGCCUCAGGUGCCCAUGAAGCUGAAUGACUAUGAGUACUAUCGCUUGAAGGUGCGUUUGAAGGCAGCGGGUGAAGGACUUAGUUUUCCCAAAGCUUGCCUCGACACACUUGCAAACCGGUGCCUUGUUUGCUGCAUGUCCUGCAGACCAGGCUUUUGCCUGGGAGGAACCAUAGGCUGCACGAGUUCUCCCGCAAUCCCUUUAGCGUGCCUCUUUUCGCCUCUGGCUGUCGCAUGCAAAACUCCAGAGUUUCUGUCUUUGAGAAGGGCCAUUGCACGAUCACGCGCAAACAGCGAGUCAGCGAGUUGGUGUGAAAAGUGA